UAAAACACGGGAGGAAAGCUUUAUUAGAGCAAACAGAUACGAAAUCGCCGUUGCUACAACACAUAAAGGUUAGUUUUAAAAAAAUCUUAAACAUUAUAUCAAUAUGUACUUUCGUAUCGCUAUUUCUGCUUGAGGAGAACUACUACCCGGAAUCAUUAAAUGCGACACAGGGGAUUAAUCGCUCCCGUCAAUGUAUAGGUCCGUAUCGUUGUUUACAUUUCGAAACGGUGUGUUCACUGCGUUAAAGCCACUGUUAUCCAUAGAUGAUCAAACAUCAUCUGGUAGUUAUGCUGAAUAUAUCUUAAUUGACGCUAAAUUCUGCCCACGGGGUUAAAUACCGACAAGCUGCGGACUAGCCCUGAGCUAACUAUUGCUGCUCCAUCUUCACAGUGUCGCUCUUUGCUUCAGAGAUGGCAAGUUAGUCUUUAUGUUUUAUUUGACUCUUCCCCUGCUUGGAUGUCAAGAUCAGCCAAAUGAUCAAAACUGUGUAGCGCCAACUGAGACCAAAGGCGAGGCAGAGUUUUCCUAUUUUCCGUAUCACAGGGUACACAAUGUUUAGUGUGCCUCAAAGCUCAAAGUCCGAGUUCCUGGACAAGGCCAGGCAGGCUAGAGAGGAAAGGAAGGGACAAAAGGAGAAGGAAAGAGCAGCAAUCCAUAUUCAAGCUUUGGUCAGGAGAUUCCUCUGUCGCUGUAGACUCCAGAGACAAAUAAGGAAGGAAGUUGAUGACUAUUUUCAAGCCUCUGAAACUGGGACAGCAAAGAGAAAUGCACUUUCAAUUUUCAAAAUUGCUCGGAAAUUACUAUUCAUUUAUUGCCAAGAAGAUAAGACGAGAUUUGAGAAGCUUUGUCGUGCUAUCCUGGCCAGCAUGGAGGUUGAAAAUGAACCCAAAGUCUGGUAUGUUUCUUUGGCUCUUUCCAAAGACCUCACUAUUCCCUGGCUGAAACAGGUUAAAGAUGUGUUGUGGACCUGCUGUCAACUCAUGAAAAACCUAAAGCCAGACAUACUUCAAGAAAACAAGCUGGUAACACUAUACCUCACCAUGCUGGUAACCUUCACCGACACGUCAACAUGGCGGAUAGUCAGAGGGAAGGGUGAAGCUCUCAGACCUGCUUUGAUGAGAAUUUGUGAAAACAUCAUGGGGCAUCUCAAUCAAAUGGGAUUCUAUUCAAUACUCCAGAUCUUGUUGACCAAUGGCUUGGCUCGUUAUAAACCGUCUCUCUCUAAAGGCACUCUGACAGCCAUUUUCACUUUGUCACUAAGGCCAGUCAUCGCUGCUCAUUUCUCAGAAAACCUGCUACGAUCAUUCCUCAUCCACAUCAUGUCAGUUCCUGCCAUCACGUCCCACCUCAGUGUGCUGACUCCAGAGUGCAUGACAUCUAUCCAGGCGCAUGACAUGCUACGGAAGUUCAUUUUGUUUCUCAGUCGGGAAGAGCAGUGUCUGGACAUUUGUGUGUGUCUUGAGGGCAGCCACACACUCUGCUUACUUGGCAAUCUGAUUCACUUGGGUUACCUAAAUGAGAAAGUCUUAGAAGAAGAGGCCAAUCAUUUUGUGAAGGACCUGACUGACAUGCUGUCCUACUGCCAGAGAUAUGUUUCACAAAAGAAGUCUAAUCUAACCCACUGGCACCCUGUUCUGGGCUGGUUCUCUCAAACUGUUGAUUAUGGUCUUAAUGAGUCGAUGCCUCUGGUCACGAAACAGCUUCAGCACCUGUGGGGUGUUACUGUAAUCCGAACACUCUUCAACGAUGUCCUCUCUAAAAAGCUGGAGAGCCAGGAGCCCACUCCCCCACCCCCACAACCUAGCACAUCACAAAACAACCUACCAGUUAAAAACCUCUUCAAGAGAGCGUUUCAAAAGUCGGCUUCUGUGAGGAACAUCCUGAAACCAGUUGGAGGGAAGCGAGUCGACUCGGCUGAAGUUCAGAAGGUGUGCAGCAUCUGUGUGCUCUACCAGACUGCCCUGUCGACACUGACGCAAAUACGCCUCCAGAUACUCACUGGUCUGACACACCUUGAUGACCUUUUACCCAAAUUGUGGGCCUUCAUUUGUGAGCUUGGUCCUCAAGGGGGCCUCAAACUCUUCAUGGAGUGUCUCAACAAUGACACUGAAGAGUCUAAGCAGCUCCUGUCUAUGCUCAUGCUCUUCUGUGACUGUUCGCGGCAUCUCAUAACAAUUUUGGAUGACAUUGAAGUGUAUGAAGAACAAACAUCCUUCAAGAUAGAAGAACUCAUCACCAUCUCCUCUUUUUUGAACACAUUUGUGUACAAAAUGAUUUGGGAUGGCAUUUUAGAAAAUGCGAAAGGAGAGAAACUGGAGCUGUUCCACAGCGUUCAUGGUUGGCUGAUGGUGCUUUAUGAACGUGACUGCAGACGCAGGUUCACCCCCGAUGACCACUGGCUGCGCAAGGAUCUGAAGCCUAGUCUGUUGUUCCAAGAGCUGGAGAAAGGCAAGAAAAGAGCCCAGCUUUUACUGCAGUACAUCCCACAUGUUAUUCCUCAUAAAAAUAGGGUGCUGCUGUUCAGGAACAUUGUUACAAAGGAAAAAGAAAGUUUAGGAUUGAUUGAAACAAGCUCUGCUUCACCACAUGUCACCCAUAUUACCAUACGUCGCUCACGGAUGUUGGAGGAUGGAUACGACCAGCUUCGCAGGUUACCGGUGAACGCUAUAAAAGGGGUCAUUCGUGUGAAGUUUGUGAACGACUUGGGCGUAGACGAGGCUGGAAUCGAUCAGGAUGGUGUCUUCAAAGAGUUUCUGGAGGAGAUCAUUAAGAAAGUUUUCAAUCCUGCUCUCAACCUGUUUAAGACCACAGGUGGAAAUGAAAGGUUGUAUCCGUCACCCACAUCUUACAUCCAUGAGAAUCAUUUGCAGCUGUUUGAGUUUGUAGGGAAGAUGCUUGGAAAAGCUGUUUAUGAGGGCAUUGUUGUGGACGUCCCCUUUGCCUCCUUCUUUCUCAGUCAAGUCCUGGGGCAUCACCACAGCACUUUCUACAGCUCCAUCGAUGAGCUUCCAUCGCUGGACUCUGAGUUUUACAAAAACCUCACUUCAAUCAAGCGCUAUGACGGAGAUGUUGGGGAUCUUGGACUGACAUUCUCCUAUGAUGAGGAUGUUAUGGGGCAGCUUGUCUGUCAUGAAUUGAUACCUGGAGGGAAAACAAUGCCAGUCACCAAUGAAAACAAGAUCAGCUACAUCCACCUUAUGGCUCACUUCCGGAUGCACACGCAGAUUAAGGAGCAAACAGCUGCUUUCAUCCGGGGCUUCCGCAGCAUCAUUAAUCCAGAGUGGCUGCACAUGUUUUCCACACCUGAGGUUCAGCGGCUUGUCUCAGGGGAUAAUGCAGAGAUCGACCUGGAUGACCUCAAGAAACACACAGUGUAUUAUGGAGGUUUUCAUAGCAGCCAUCGUGUCAUCAUCUGGCUGUGGGACAUCCUGUCCAGUGACUUUAAUGCUGAAGAGAGGGCCAUGUUCCUUAAAUUUGUUACCAGCUGCUCAAGGCCGCCUCUUCUAGGUUUUGCUUACCUCAAACCACCUUUCUCCAUCCGCUGUGUGGAAGUUUCAGACGAUCAGGACACUGGAGAUACCCUCGGUAGUGUCCUCAGGGGCUUUUUCACCAUCCGGAAGAAGGAGCCUGGUGGGCGACUUCCUACUUCAUCUACAUGCUUCAACCUGCUCAAGCUUCCCAACUACAGCAAGAAGAGCAUCUUGCGUGAUAAGCUGCGCUACGCCAUCAGUAUGAACACAGGAUUCGAGCUCUCUUAAGUCGGUUGCAUCAGAGCAGUGAAGGAUUGUGUUAAACAGCAUGAAAUAUCCAGAUGCCUGGCUUACCUGGACUGGAGCCUGUCUCAUUAAAGGGGCAUCAUCCACACAAAAGGAAGGGUCAUGAAGGACUUACAUUGUCUCCUUAUGCUCCUUUUGUCUCUGAAAACUGGAUGAACUCUGAUGGAGUAAGCUCUACUGUGGCUUACCUUUUUCUAUCAAAGGGGAUGCUGCUCCUGCAGCACAAUAAAAUCUUCAACAUCUCCCUCUGCCACUCCAUAAAGUGAAUAUAUCAUGUAUUUAACUUGAUCAAACACAGAUAUACAGUGGCUAGAUCUGUUUCUCAGGCCUAAUAGAAUCAUUUUUGGAUCUAACGACUAUUUCAAGCAAACUGGAAAGCAAUACAGAUGCAAUGUAAGCCAUUAGACACGUGGUCAGCUCACUUGUGUAAAACCAGAUGAUGCAUCGUUAAUAUACUUACAAGUUUGGAUUCCAUCAUCCAGACAACUUUUAUCCGAUAUUGGAUGAGUCUUAAAUGUUUGCUGAGCAUAGUGCAUCUUUUGCAAGCGGAAGGCAAAUCAAUGUCUUGUGUUCAGUCUCCACGAGCGGCUUGAGAGUGAUCCUGCGUAGAUUACAUUAUGUCCCAUUCAGAGACAAAUCAUUUGACCUCUACACAUUUCUCCCUGCUAAAACACACUCCAGCAACGUGACACUGGCCCUCUGGGUUUUAUGUUCUCAGGACAUUUGAGAACCGAACAUUGGCUUCCGUUCUGGUGAAGCAGUACAGACUGUUUGAAAAUCUGAUUAUGCUGUUAAUUUGAUUUUAAGAAGAUGUCCUUGCUGAAGCAUCAAUUACCAAUGGGCAAAAGAUGAACUAGAAAUGUUUUGUCAGUGUUUGUAUCUUCACAGAAGAGCAGAUCCAGGUGUUACAUGUCACACACCCGUGCUUUAAACAUGAAGAGUAGAGUUAUUUGGCAAUGUUAGUCUAUGUUUUAGUUCCAAGAAAGCAUUCUAACAAAACCUUUGACUAACGUUGAGUGCCUCAUGCAUUACCAUUACCCCUCGCCAUCACAUGUGUGACUGUAUCACAGCUCUGUCCAAUAACUUCAUCUGCUGGAAACAAGCCAUAGAAAUAGGAGAGGGGGGGUGUGGUCCUGGACUACUUCUCUGCUCCUACUAAAAACAGAGCAGUAAACCAGCCUCUGUUCUACCACCGCAACAACCAUGAAGGGUUUACCUAUAAUGCUCUCUGAUCUCUGUGGACUUUUUAAGCCAUGCAGAAAAGAUCUUGAGGUGUAAAACCUUUUUUUUUUUUUUUAAAUGAUGUCAUGAACUUAUUUGUCAACCAAAUGCAACCACUUGAUUUGAUGAUGUUCCCUUGGAAAUGUUGAACACAUUUAUUGUUGUUUGUGGCUUUUAGGGUGGAAAAGGGACAAGAGGGUGAAUGUGACUUUAUAAGCCCAAAUAUUAACACAGGGUUUAUUUAUUUAAAUUAGGCAGUAUAAGAGGAAACAUUUUUUUAAUUUACUAGAAAAUGAAAUGCAACUUUCAUUAAAAGAAAGGGUUAAAGAAAACAGCAAACUUCACCAAGUUCUUCAUGAUGCAAAAACUAGUUAAUUGUUAUGAAUGAGUAUAGAUACUUUUGUUAGUAACAAAGGUUCUAAGUAGUUAUACUAUGGCCACUAACUUGUGUGAAAACAGUAACAAGUGAUUUAUAAUGAAAAUACAUCCAUUAUCUAUAAAACUAAGUGUAUAACUAAAUGAAAAAUAACACUAGUUGUACAGUAUCCAGGCUAAGAUUUUCAAUUGUGACAAAUUGGAGGGAGAUCUUUAUUCAUUUCUCCUCCUGUUCAGUGUAGCAUGAAUUGGAAACAUUAAAAAUGGAUUUAUUGAACACACUACAAUGAGCGCGUUAGUUCCCGAGAGAUGGAAGAUACCUCACAUGCUUGUUUCGUCUCUGAUCUGUUUGAAAUGAUGUCAAGAGAAGAAUAGACUUUCAUCGUACACGUGGACUGCUGAUACUAGCUUUGACUAUCCACUCUUUUCAUACAAGAAAUAAUAAAAAUGAUCCUGAAAACAUCCCUCACCCUCCUGUGAAGAUGGAAUCUCUUCAUGAAGUGUCUUUGAAAACUGGCUGCAUGACGUAAUGGAGUGUUUUUAAGCUUUGUCUAUGUGUAAGAUACCAUUUCCUGUAAUGUCAAAUCAUGUACUAGUAUUAUAUAAAUCCUUUAAAUCAUU